CGUAUCCAAUAUUGCUUGCCAGUGCAAUUAUCUCUGCAAAUUAUACCUACAACACUGUACAUGCUUUUGUAAGCUCUUACAUCACUAGGAUUAGGAUAGGGAAAAACAGAUAGAUGUGAUAUAAACUUAUUCUAUUGAGCAAUAGAAUAUCCCAAUAAAAAUUUUGUAUACUUUCGUGUAUUUAGCAUCCUAUAAUCUAGGCUCUGAGAAAACUCAAUUGCUUUGCAACCAGAGAUGCUAAACUUUGUUUUGAUACCUCUAAUGGCCCCUGGCCACAUAAUUCCAAUGAUAGACAUGGCAAAGUUGUUUGCAGAACGCAGUGUGAUUGUGACAAUAGUCACGACGCCCCUCAACACAAUCAGGUUCAAUGCAGUGAUUGAUCGUGCUAUCUCGUCUGGACUCCCCAUUCGGCUUCUUCAGCUCCGGUUUCCAUGUCAGGAAGCCGGUUUGCCUUUAGGAUGUGAAAGUGUAGACACUUUACCAUCCUAUAAGUUAAUAAGGAACUUCUUUAAUGCAGCAAAAAUGCUACAAAAGCCAUUGGAACAGAUGCUUAAAGGACUUGAGCCAGCUCCUAGUUGCAUUAUAUGCGAUAAGCAUCUGUCCUGGACGGCCGAUUUAUCGAAUAAUCUUCAGAUUCCGAGGAUUAUUUUUGAUGGAAUGAGUUGCUUCACACAAUUAAUAAUGAAUAAAUUGCACAUUUCCAAGGUUCAUGAAACUGCGCCCGAGUUGGAGCCUUUUGUCGUGCCUAGUUUACCUGAUAGAAUUGAGUUUACCAAGUUCCAGCUGCCGGAAUUGCUCAACCCACGCUCGGUGGACGCGCACGAUGUUUUUGAAGAUAUACGAGCAACUGAAGCACUAUCUUAUGGGGUGGUGGUCAAUAGUUUCGAAGAUUUGGAACAAAGAUAUGUUGAUGAAUUUCGGAAGAUCAAAAUGGGAAAGGUUUGGUGCAUUGGUCCACUUUCACUUUUCAACAGGGAGAAUUUAGACAAAGCUGAAAGAGGGAAGAAGGCCUCUAUUGAGACAGACCAGUGCUUGAGGUGGCUCGACUCACACGAGCCGGAUUCUGUAAUCUACGCAUGCCUUGGAAGCCUCAGCCGUCUAACGCCUUCACAAUUUAUAGAGCUGGCUUUAGGCCUAGAAGCGUCAAACUCUCCGUUUAUUCUAGUGAUAAACAUAGAAAAAACAGAAGAAAUAGAGAAGUGGAUUUUGGAAUAUGGAUUCGAUGAAAGAAUAAAGGAAAGAGGCCUUUUGAUCCGAGGUUGGGCGCCGCAAGUACUGAUUUUAUCCCACUCUUCAGUAGGAGGAUUCUUAACACACUGCGGUUGGAAUUCAACUCUAGAAGGUAUAUGUGCUGGCCUGCCAAUGAUCAGUUGGCCAUUGUUUGCCGAGCAAUUUCUAAAUGAAAAAUUAGUAGUACAAAUUUUGGGCACGGGUGUAAGAGUUGGAGCUGAAGCUGCUGUAGACUUUACCGCUCAAGAAGAGACUGGGAUAAAGGUGAUGAAGGACGAGGUUAAGGCUGCCAUUGACAUGGUAAUGGAUAAGGGAAAAAAAGGAUGUGAAAGAAGGGAAAAAGCAAAAGCGCUAAAAGAAAUGGCAAAGAGGUCAGUCGAAGAAGGUGGAUCAUCCUAUCUCAACAUGACUAUGCUAAUUCAAGACAUCGAACAACUUGUGAAGAAGAAUAAGCAAUCAACAUAAGGAUCAUUCAUUACCUGAUAUUUUUUGGCUUCAAAGAGUAGGUUUUGGUAUGAAGAUCCCAUUUUUUGAUCUCGUAUCCAUGUGAUGGCAAGAGACUUGGAUUGAUUUUUGUUUUUGCUCUAGAGUUUCGGUGGGUAGGUUGGUUUCCAGUCCUUCAAGUGUUUUUAUAUCAUUUGUUUCGUGUUGCUCUUGGUCAAGGGGUGUUGGUUCAGGAUGGAUUUUCAGUAUCGGCCCUGCUACAUGGACACCAAGCCUUAUAGCUCGAUGUACAGCCCCCUCACAUAGGGGACGGGGCCCACGCAUUAAAUGGGCGUGGGCCUCUCCCCUCAUGUGAGGGGAGUGUCGGUGUACAAGGGGCAAAGUGAUGGGUGUCCUUGCUUUGACUUGUACCAACUGAGCUGGAAGAUGGAGUUUUCAACGAUGGCAAUGGUGAGUUCUGCAGAUCUAGAUCAACAUAAAUUAUGACUAGGACUUGUCUUUUAUCCCAAUAUGCCUAGAAUCAUUACCAAAGUUCAAGUGAUCAUUUGUUGACAUUCGGAGUGGCACGAUCCAUCGAAAUACCAAGUUUCACGUGCAAUUGUCUGUGGUGAUACAAAUACAAUAAAGGCAGCUGGAUUUCCUCCAUUUCCAGGUGCAGAAUGUCCAUAAUUGCUACACAUUUCGACAUCUUUGCAUGUAAGUAUUGUUGAAUCUUCCACCAUAUCCUCGGAAAUUCCCUGGUUCUGUUUUCUUCCUUACGAUUGUCCUUCACUCUGAUUUCAUGGUUGAGUCUUGUUCCUGAACUUGCUUGAACCUUUUUGCUUGUUAGUGAGAUUAAUGGUUUAAUCCUUUGCUGUUGGGUCUCGAAAAAUCUUGAAGAUUUAUGGGCCCCCUUUGAUGUUGGGCAUGGGCCGAGGGCCUUGCUUGUCUUGCCUCAGGUCCGGUCCUAUGUAAAUAAUUUGUGUGUGAAAAUUGCUUUAUGAAAUGUCCUAUUUAUAGCCUUUGGAAGAAUUCAUCAUCCAAAA